AUGUCCGACAGCAGCUCUCUUAGCCCGGAGCCGCAUCUGUCCAACAAGCAGCCGGUGCGAAGAGCUAGCAAGGCCUGUCUGGCAUGCCGAGCUAGAAAGGUCAGAUGCGACGUGACGAUAAGAUCUCCAUGCGGCAACUGCCAGUGGAAUGGACAGCAGUGUGUUACACAUGCUCGACGUGCCAGAAGACGGAGAAGAAAGCCUGUUCCUACUGCUGUCCCGACCGAAUCAGGUGCUUCAAAGGAGCUUGAAUUGAAAGAUGGCGCAUGCAAUCUGCUCGAGGAGUUUGCCAUUGACUCAUUGGAGGCACCAAUAUCUAUGGAAGACUUGGAGCUCUUAAAGGCAGACAUUGAUUCGGACAAAUCUCCGCAGAGUUUAUUGUCAGAUGAUGUCGAUGCCUUUGAUCUGCCAAAAUAUGUCAGACCCCUGACCAGCCUGCCUCCAGACGACAUGGAGUAUCUGCAUUCAGAGGGCGCUUUAGAUCUGCCCGACAGCACUCUACAGAACGCCCUCCUCCGCGCAUUCUUUGAAUACGUGCACCCAUAUGUUCCUACACUGGAUCUGGAUGCUUUCUUGCAUUCUAUAGAAACACAUGAUGGGUCAGCGGGCCAGGCUGUACUUGCAGCUGGGACGGCACAUGUCGGGCUGGAGCAUCUUAGAAAUGGCGGGUAUCAGACACGGAAGCAGGCCCGCACAGCGUUUAUGAAGCGAGUUGGGCUCCUCUAUAAGUAUAACUGCGAGCUGGAUCAGAUGGUUCUCACGCAGUCGCUGCUACUCAUCACUUCAUGGCAAGACGCCUCUGACGAGCACGGCAAGACAUGGUUCUGGAUUGAUGCCGCAGUUUCCCACGCCUUCGCAGCCGGACUGCAUCUGGAACCCUCAGUAAACAAGCCCAACCUAUCAAAGCGAAAGCAAAGACUACGCCGCCGAGUAUGGUGGUGCUGCUUCAUCCGCGACCGGCUGCUCUCUCUAGGCAUGAAGCGCCUACCGCGAAUCAAAGACGGCGACUUCCACGUAUCAAUGCUCGAAGAGGCCGACUUCCAGCCUGAGCAGAUCCGCAGCGACGACGACCACGCCAAGUUCGAGGCCAUGUGCGUCUACGUCAAGAGCCGCAAGAAGCGCGCCGAGCUGGCCCGCAUGUGCGUCGCGCAGGCAACUUUAUGCCGGUCCAUGAGCUUCUUAUCCAGCAGCAUGUACGUGGCGCCUCACGACAACUUUUCCAACUUCUCCGAGGCCCGCAAGAUGACGCCAGACGGCGAACAGAAAUUCACCACGUACAUCCGAGACCUGCUGGAGUGGAGAGACGGCUUGCCGGAGAGCGUCUCGUAUCGCCCCAUCUCGAGUAAUGACAUUGGCAAGGACGGUAACACGAGCAUUUCGAUGGACCGUGCGGUGCUGCAUAUGAUUUACAACACGGCUGUGCUGUGCCUUUACCGCUCGCGGUUCAUGGUGUUGCUGAACGAGCCGACUGCGUCCACGAUGGAGAAGGAGAUGUGCAAGAUUUACAUGCAGCACUCGGCAAAGAGGAUAGAGGAAAUAUCCAAGAACAUUUAUGACCACGGUCUUGAUCGAUUACUUCCUAGUAUGGCGGCAAAUAUCGCUGUGUCAACUGCCAGCGUCUAUCUAUUAGAGCUAAAGGGCCAUCUUCAGGGCUGUGCAACCGAGAAUAGCUAUCGGCAAAGCAGAAAGCUCAUGCAGUCUAUGCAUGACAUUUAUGCAGGCGCUGAUUUGUCGAGAGAAUCCAUUGAAUGGGACAAGGAGGACAGCUCGGAAGAGGCCCCUGAGAUGGCGGAAGAUUAUCUCAUAGCGGACCAGGAUUGGCUCAAGGACUUGGAGGCUGCGACAUGCUGGUUGGUGGCUGAGCCGUUCAGGGCAGACAGCUUUCUACAGAAUCCUGGAGAGGGAUUGGACGUGUUUAAUGAGUUUUUUGUUUGUUAA